AUGCUCCCGGAGGCAUGCAGUCUCGCAGCCUGUCUUAACCUCACUGCUCAGCUUACUUGUAUUGCAAAUGCUAUUGUUAAUGGUGAUCCGGCUGCUUUGCAGAAGUGUUUGACGACUUCUAUGACACAGAUCUGCUCUUGUAUUGCUUGUAUCCCGGCACUAAACAAUGUUCUGAUGGCUCUAGGCAUUUGUCCGGUGGUAGCUCCAACUCCUCCUGAAGGCGAUGAAGACCCUGGUCAUCCCAAUGAUGUUUAG